AUGUCGGACAAAUCAAGGAUCAAAUCAAUUUUGAGCAACAAUAAGAAUUUGAGCAAGUGUUUACCCUUUACACUUAGGACCCAUAAAUCAGUAGUUAGAGCACUUGCCACUGAAUCAGCAUCACCACCAGCAGCAAAGAUGGUCAAAGCCAUUCGAGUCCAUGAGCUUGGUGGACCUGAGGUCUUGAAAUGGGAAGAUGUGGAAGUAGGAGAGCCAAAGGAGGGAGAGGUUCGUGUGAAGAACAAGGCCAUUGGGCUUAAUUUCAUUGAUGUAUACUUCCGCAAAGGCGUUUAUAAGACUGCUACGGUUCCCUACACCCCAGGUGUUGAGGCUUGUGGAGUUGUGACAGCUGUGGGACCAGGACUCACAGGCAGGCAAGUUGGAGAUCUUGUAGCCUAUGCUGGUCAGCCAAUGGGCUCAUAUGCUGAAGAGCAGAUCCUUCCUGCAAACAGAGUUGUGCCGGUUCCUCCUUCCAUUGAUCCUACUGUUGCUGCAUCCCUCUUGCUCAAGGGUAUGACAGCUCAGUUUCUACUACGCAGCUGUUUCAAGGUUGAACCUGGACACACAGUCCUUGUCCAUGCAGCAGCUGGUGGAGUUGGAUCCCUUUUAUGCCAGUGGGCUAAUGCCCUUGGUGCCACUGUCAUUGGAACUGUAUCUACUAAAGAGAAGGCAGCUCAAGCCAAGGAGGAUGGAUGUCACCAUGUCAUAAUCUAUAAGGAAGAGGACUUUGUUGCUCGAGUGAAAGAAAUAACAUCUGACAAUGGGGUCGAGGUCGUUUAUGAUUCUGUAGGGAAGGAUACUUUUGAGGGAUCACUGGCAUGCUUGAAGACUCGUGGAUACAUGGUGAGUUUUGGGCAGUCGUCAGGAGCGCCAGAUCCGGUUCCAUUGUCAACCAUUGCAGUGAAGUCACUGUUCUUGACUAGGCCUAGCCUCUUUCAUUAUGCUGUAACUCGAGACGAAUUGCUAGAGAUGGCGGGAGAGGUAUUUGGUAAUGUUCAAUCAGGUGUAUUGCGGGUUCGAGUAAAUCACACCUACCCAUUGUCUCAAGCAGCACAGGCACACGAAGACCUUGAGAAUAGGAAAACAUCCGGAUCUGUUGUGCUUAUCCCCUAA